GGAAUAUUCCAUUAUCACCUCUUCACACCUCCUUCCACCUGCGUUUCUGAUUUCCCUCCUUCAUUUCUCGCUCUACUACCAUCGGUAUACGCCAGUUCCUGCGUGUUCAACACUGCGAGUUACGCUUGGCGUUUUGACAAAACCUCAGUAUACUUUCUCCAUCAGACAAUAUGGUCGGUCACGGUGUCUCGGGGAUGCUUGGUGAAGAUGGCAUUCAUGUUGAUAUGAACCACCUGAAGAGCGGCGAGGUCAACCUAGGUACCUCGAUUAUGGCGAUCAACUUCAAAGAUGGCGUUAUAUUAGGUGCCGACAGCCGGACAACGACGGGAGCUUAUAUUGCCAAUCGAGUUACCGACAAGCUGACUCAGGUUCAUGAUACCAUUUGGUGCUGUCGAUCUGGGUCCGCUGCAGAUACGCAGGCUGUGGCGGAUAUGGUAUCCUACCACCUCAACAUGUAUUCGAUCACGAACAACGAGGCUCCUAGCACCCAGGUUGCCGCGUCGUUGUUUCAAGAGCUGUGCUAUGAGAACAAGGAUAUGCUGAGCGCUGGUAUCAUCAUCGCGGGAUAUGAUCCCCGACAUGGCGGUCAAGUAUACUCGAUACCGCUUGGCGGAUCUCUACACAAGCAGGCUUAUUCCAUUGGUGGAUCCGGUUCAACCUACAUUUACGGCUACUGUGAUGCGAACUGGAGAGAGAACAUGACCGAGCAAGAAGGAAUUGACUUUGUUCGGGGCGCCUUGGCAGAGGCUAUCAAAUGGGAUGGAAGCUCGGGAGGUGUGAUCCGUCUGGUAGUACUGACGGCUAGAGGAGCCCAGAGACAUCUCUACCUGCCCGACACAGGCUACAGCGGACCAGGUGUUACUAACUAGAUGAUGGAUAUAAUCGUAUUGAAUGAUGAUGUGUUCGACUUUUAAUUCAAUCGGUAUUAGCUUAUCAAAAUCUCCAUUUUGGGUAG